GUUGAUAAACUCUCAAUAAGUGUGUUCUUCAACUUUCAGUCUGCCACCACUGCACGAUACCCAGCAGUACCUCUUGCUCUCUCUGUCAACAUUCAGCGCGUCUGUUCAUAGUUAUUAGAAACCGAUUGGGAUUAAAUCUUCCACCUGAGUAAAUUUAUUGAUGAGCCUAUGGGUUUGUGUGCUGACUGGGGAACUGAAAUGGCUGCAGCUCUAUUGUAUAAGGCAUAAGGAUGAUGCCUUCUGUGCACUGCUCACAAUCAGCUACACAUAGUAUCUUGAUACAGUCCCCCAUUUGGCCACUACAGUUUCCAGUCCAUCAACUUUCCAGAAGAGAACGACGAGACUAUGGAUAAAACCAUUACUGAGGACUCUAACUGUGACUCAGACACUGAUUCCCAACUCUCUUACGCUGACACUUGCAUUCCCGGGAAUGAGUCCUCCCUCAGGGCACAGGCUGACUUCACAGAAAUCUGCAGAGGCAGGAUGUGCAACACGAACUACAGACAGACUCAAUCUAACUACAGCCCUUACCAGCCACCGCUAGGUCUACCGUCUGGCUACAGUCCCCAGACGCCCUUUCCCAGUCAGACUGAAGUAUGUCUGAGCACCCUGGAGCCGCAGAACGGGGACUCACUCUGCUCGAGUUCAAUGGGUAGCUCAGUAGAAUACCCAAGUGGCAACCUGCCCUCUUGUUUGGUGUCUGAGAAUUAUUGUAGUUACCCUGAUGAUUCGUGCUACUCUGGCUGUGAUUCCGACUCUCCAGACAGGCAUAGUUUGGGAGAGGCAAGUCUAGAACAGCCCUGUUCACUGCACUCUAUCCCAACUGCAUUCGCACCUUACAGUUACUACAUGCCCCCGCACCUCUGCCCGUCCCGAGGGUCGCCCUGCUGUGGUCACUACCCUCUGGAUGUGUAUCAAGUUGAUCAGGGCUCUCAUCCCAGACCACAUUAUCACGUGCCCUGUUGGCCUUUACGCCCUGAAAACAGCAGACAAUCAGCCUCAGAGUUCACUCAUAGCCAUACUUCACCUCACCCUCAAGCUAAACUAACCCCAAGCACAGCUCCUCUGUCCUUGGAGCAAAGGAAGGUGUUUGUCACUUAUGAAGCAGACAGUGAAAAACAUGUCAAGGAGAUCAUCAACUUUGUUGCGCUACUGAGACACAAUGGCUUCUACACUCAUAUUGACAUGUUUGAGCAACAGUUCAAGAGCAUAAGCAAGAUUGACUUCAUGGAGAGAUACAUCAGUGAGAAAGACUAUCUGAUCAUCAUCGUCAUUAGUCCAAAGUACCAUGAGAUCGUUACCAAUGCCUCAUUUUGCAUGGAAAAUGAUGAAACCCUCAACACAGUGUAUAUACAUAAGCAGUUACAAAAUGAAUUCAUUCAGAAUGGUGCUAGGAAUUACAGAUUUAUCCCUAUUUUGUUUCCUGGUGCCAAGAAGUGUCACGUCCCUUCAUGGCUUCAGAGCACACAAAUCUUCACCUGGCCCAGGGACCGAGAUGACAUCCUUCGUCGACUCAUGCGUGUUGAGAAGUACAACCCUCCACCCAUUGGAGAGCUGCCCACAAUUGUCUCCAUCCCCAUUUAGCUAACAUACAUCCAAUGAAAAGUUACAAGUGCCUUGUAAUGUAGUUUGCUAUGUUUACCCAUGAUAUGUGACCCUUGAACAGGCCUGUGAUCCAUUUUUAAUAAAGCAUGAAUACAUAAGAUCAUCUUCUUUUGGCUGCUCCCAUUAGGGGUCGCCACAGCGGACCAUUCAUGGUCCGCAUAUUUGAAUUGGCACAGGUUUUAUGCCAGAUGCCCUUCCUGACACAACCCCCAGUGGUUGGGGGACUCUCACUCACAUCUACGGGACAAUUUAGAGUCUCCAAUUCACUUAACCUGCAUGUUUUUGGACUUUUGGAGGAAACCCACACGGACACGGGGAGAACAUGCAAACUCCACACAAAAAGGCCUAGUUAAGCCGGGACUCAAACCUGGGACCUUCUUACUAUUAGGUGACAGUGCUAACCACUGAGCGAGCAAAAUGUGCCCCUUUGGAUUAUUGAAUGAGUGUAAAAUGUGUUAAAACCCUUAAAGCUAUUGAAUUUGAUGUGAUAUAAAACUCAACACUCAGAAUCCAUGAAUGAGUUAGGAUGAGUCCUGUCAUGUGGAAGAACUGCAACUACAUAUUCAUUAAUUAUGUUAGGUUAAACAUGGUUGGGUGCAAUGAUUUUUUUAUGUUGUGUCCAUUUCUUCUACUUUGUAUUAGACUGAAUGAAACUUUCUGUGAUAAACCCUGAAGCUAUGAAAGAAAUAGAUUAUCCCAGGCCAAGAACUUUCAGAGAGACUUUACCUUUUCACCCCUUUUGCUCUUAAGCUGGAAUACUGUAGAUGGAGGACAGAAUUUACAACUUAACCUGACAUAACCACAUGUUCACACACCACAAGAAUCAGUUAAAACAGCCCUCUCAGGUUUUUGUCCCUUUGACUCAAGUUCCCACUUGACUCAAGUAAUGUGCCUGCAAGACAUUUAACAUCCUGACACAUUUUUCCUAUCGUCUUACGUUUUAUUAAAUUAACAUAUUUCCACAGUUCAUGCUAAUAUUUCAGUGUCGUGUGGAUUUCUUGGUCAUUUAGGUUCUAAGAUAUUACAAUGAUGUGUGCUUGGAAUGUAUUUUUUAUCAACAUAAACACUUUUCUUGGGAAAAAAGAGAACUUGGCCUGUUUGUGAUACACAUUUUUACUUCAGCAUAUCAUUUUAAAUGGUUGCUGACAUGUUACAGUAUAGAGAACAUACCUUAGAGUAGAUGGGUCAAUGAUGUGACACUCAUUUUUAUGUCCAGAUCUAUUAAAUUAUUCAAAAAUACAUAAAAAAUGCCAUUCAAACAAAACAAUUACUUGAAUACACCACUGUUUGCAUCUAAUAUGAACAAGUUUUCAAUUUCAAUAACUCAUUAAAAGCUGAAAUUCUCCAAAAAAAAAAGAAAAAAGAAAGAAAGAAAAGGUGGCAUAGUGCAGAAUAAGCUUAUAUUAAUGUUUCCUAACUGAAACAACUGUGACUCAAACAAAAUAUGUAUAUAAACAAUGACGGCCAAAGGUUUGGAAUAAUGU